UUUUCAUUCCUUUAUCUAUCGACCUACUGAGCACAAGAGUCAGAAAAAUGUUUAGCAAGAUCAAACAGAGGUUGUGUUUAAUAAAAAAAUGUCUCACUGAAAAUACUUGCGAAAAUCUAUUAAAAAUUGUGAUGACAGUGCCCAAUUUAGCUGGGUUUUCAAUUUUAAAGGAUAAAGUGGCGGUACCAUUCUGGAUUAUCCACAUCAGUCUGCUCACGUACGUGUACGGGGUAGGAAGCAUCGUAUUCCAAACAGUGGAUGCCCAGAACGUUGGCGAUCUUGUUCAAAACUUCGUCAGUGUGUCCAUUCUCUUCUUCACCGGUAACAUUAGCUACUGGUUUCUGAGAAAGAGGCCGCUUCUAAAAGAGUUGGUACGGAAGGUGCGCGAGGCCGACCAAAUGGCGAGAACAGCGGAAUUCUUGUUGGAAAAGCACGAACGUGCCUUGGGCAUGAUCAAAAUCAUAAUUUUGACGUUUUAUUUCCUCAACUGUUCGAAUGCUUUAUUUGUUUAUAUUCCUGCCAGGAUCGAUGUCAGCAGUCAAUAUAGCAUGCGACCUUGUGUUGGAAUGCCAUUAAAUACAAGCAUUGGUCGUCAUAUCUGUCAAACUAUUCUACUGGCACAAGAGCUUAGUAUCAUGACAGUCGUGCUCAAUUUCCAAGCUCUUCUAGUGCUUCUGGUAGCUCACACCGCUACCAUGUACCAGAUGAUGGCUGAAGAAAUGAUCAGUCUGGCAAGUACUGAGGUUAUUGACUCCAAGCAACGUCUACCUUUCAUGAUCAAGCGCCACGUUCUCCUUCUAAGCAUCGUCGACAACUUGAAAACGCUUUACAGUGUUCCAAUCGGGAUUAACUUCUUUGGCAACGCAAUUUGCAUUUGUUUCUUCUUCUAUCUACCGAUAAAUUCUUGGCUGCCUUUUAUGCCAAUCUUGGUUUAUUGUUUCGUUGUGUUUUUUUUAUAUAAUGUUCUCGGACAAAGGUUGAUAAAUGCUACGGAAGUGUUCGAGAGAGGAAUUUACGCGUGUGGGUGGGAAAGUUUUGAGUUGAAAGAGAGAAGGGCAGUGUACGUGAUGCUGCGUCAGGCGCAGAAGCCCGUGGAACUGCUGGCUGCUGAUAUAGUGCCCGUGAACAUCUACACUUUCGCUACUACGCUGCAGGGCAUGUUCAAAUUCGUUACUGUCGUCAAAUUUUAACUUACGAGAUUGAUCUUGAUUACUUUGAUCAUUCAAUUAUUAUUUGGACUACCACAAAGUAGAAUUUAAUUAAAUAUGUUGCAAAAAAAAAUGUAGUGCAUAGAAUCAGUUAUAUAAUUAUUACUGCGUAUAAUAUAAAACAAAGUAGCCCACUGCGUCUGUCUGUUUUUAAGCUUUUUUCUUUUAAAUCACGCAACGGAUUUUGAUGAAAUUUUCACUGAUAUUUAGACAUUUUUUUCCCAAAGAUUUAUAGAAUCAUGCUUAGUUGAACCGGGUUAUUAACUAAUAAAUACCUAUAACUGUUUAACAAUUAAUUAGCUUUCAUGUAUUUUAGUAGUGUUAUUUUAGUAACUUUCAGAAUCUAAGUGGAAUGAGAGUUAAUUUCGUAUAUCAAGCUGAUAUUAAAAAUUUAGGUAUCGAUAGUUCACGAUAAGCACUAUAGUUUUGCUGAAAGCAUAGAUUUACGCGUUUAGAAAGGAUCUCCCCUUGUUAUAACUUCUUUCUUGUUAGAUUGAAAUAAAAAAUUGUUUUCUACUUGUUUUUUUUUCUUAUUAGAUAGUAGAUCUUCUCACGUGAAUGUGAUUAGGUACAUCUUUAGCAAUAAUCUGAAUUUAGUGCCUGAAGGUCUUUUUAGAAUGUUACCAGCAAUUUGUGUGACUGCCGUGCAUCUAAAAGAAUAAAAAAAGAAAAUGUAAUAACACAGCCAUUAGUGACUGCAACAUGUAAAAUUGUCCGAUUCCAUUCAUUUUCCGACAUUGAGACGGCUGACCUUAACACAAAAACUGACCAUAAUUAUGAAAUAGCGCAAGAAGUCUGCAAAUUGUUAGGAGACGUUUCCAAAUGACCUGUAACAGUGUAGUUUCUCUUUGCACUGUCAAAUAUGUUGCGUAUUGAUGUAGUUCAAUCGACAUGAACCUGUACAUUAUUAUGUACUUGCAGAUAAAAUUAU